AUGUCUACUGAAAAUACCAGUGUUGUGUCUGAAUUUAUCUUUGUGGGAUUUGCAGAUGUACCAGAACUGAAGAUUCCCAUCUUCACAGUGUUGCUGCUGAUCUAUGGUAUCACUGUGGUGGGCAACCUAGGGAUGAUUUUGCUGAUCAGAAUGGACUCUCGGCUUCACACCCCCAUGUACUUUUUCCUCAGUAAUCUGGCUUUCUUAGAUUUUUGCUAUUCCUCCAACAUCACACCCAAAGCCUUAAGAACUUUGCUAUCAGAGAGGAGAACUAUUUCUUUCCUGGGUUGCCUCAUCCAAGUGUAUUUCUUUGUUGCUCUGGUAAGUACAGAAUGCAUGCUUUUUGGGCUGAUGGCUUAUGACCGCUACGUGGCCAUCUGCAACCCUUUGUUGUACACAUCAAUCAUGUCACACACCCGAUGCGUCAAGAUGGCUGGCGGAGCCUUCACAGCCGGCUUCUUGAACUCAAUCAUUCAUACCACUUUGGUAGGUACUUUGUCUUUUUGCCAGUCUAAUGAAAUCAACCAUUUCUUCUGUGAUAUCCCCCCACUACUCAAGCUCUCAUGUUCUGAUACAUCCAUAGCUGAAGCACUAUAUAAAAAAAAUACCAGUGUUGUAUCAGAAUUUAUCUUUGUGGGAAUUGUAGAUGUACCAGAACUGAAGAUUCCCAUCUUCACAUUGUUGCUGCUGAUUUAUGUUAUCACUGUGGUGGGCAACCUAGGGAUGAUUUUGCUGAUCAGAAUGGACUCUCAGCUUCACACCCCCAUGUACUUUUUCCUCAGUAAUCUGGCUUUCUUAGAUUUUUGCUAUUCCUCCAACAUCACCCCCAAAGCCUUAAGAAAUUUCCUGUCAGAGAGGAGAACCAUUUCUUUCCUGGGAUGCUUCAUCCAACUGUAUUUCUUUGUUGCUCUGGCAAGUACAGAGUUCAUGCUUUUUGGGCUGAUGGCUUAUGACCGCUAUGUGGCCAUCUGCAACCCUUUGUUGUACACAUCAAUCAUGUCACACACCCGAUGCGUCAAGAUGGCUGGCGGAGCCUUCACAGCCGGCUUCUUGAACUCAAUCAUUCAUACCACUUUGGUAGGUACUUUGUCUUUUUGCCAGUCUAAUGAAAUCAACCAUUUCUUCUGUGAAAUCCCCCCACUACUCAAGCUCUCAUGUUCUGAUACAUCCAUAGCUGAAGCACUAGUUUUCAUUUGUGCUGGAAUCAAUAUGUUAGGCUCUCUCUUGAUAAUCCUGAGUUCUUACCUGUAUAUCCUUUUCACGGUGCUCCAGAUGAAGUCAGCCAAGGGCCGCAAGAAAGCCCUUUCCACCUGCAUCUCCCACCUGAUUGCUGUGAUCAUAUUCUAUGGAACUACUAUAUAUGUUUACUUACAACCUAGUUCCAACUAUUCAGAGGAUCAGAAUAAAGUUGUGUCAAUGUUCUAUUCCUUUGUCAUCCCAAUGCUCAACCCCUUAAUUUACAGUCUGAGGAACAAGGAGGUGAAGGAGGCAAUGAAGAGAGUGUUGGAGAAGAAUGCAUUUUCACAUUUACUAUAA